AUGGCCUGCACCGUCGCAAUUGCUCUGAUAAUCGUCACCACAACGUUGACCGUGACCCGUCUGCUCUACGUUUUGCACCGAACCGGCAAACCCCUCAAACCCAGAAGGUCGAAAGGCUCGGCUCCACAGCAACCCCUCAGCACCCUCAUCGUUUUAGGCUCAGGGGGUCACACUGCAGAGAUGAUCAACCUCUUGUCCGUGCUGCAAAAGGACAGAUUUGCCCCCAGGUUCUACAUUGCUGCUGCCACUGACAACAUGAGCCUCCAGAAAGCUCGCCUGCUCGAAGAGACUUCAAGCUCACAGUUCAUGCAGAUCUACCGAAGUAGGGAAGUGGGUCAGUCUUAUAUCACCUCUGUUUGGACUACUUUGAUUGCUUUGUCUCAUGGGUUUUGGCUUAUGCUCAGAAUCAGACCCCAAGUGAUUCUAUGCAACGGCCCUGGGACUUGUGUUCCACUUUGUGUAAUUGCUUUCUUGUUUAAGAUUGUGGGGAUUAGAUGGUCAUCUGUGUUUUAUGUUGAGAGCAUAGCAAGAGUGCAAAGGCUCUCCUUAAGUGGCUUGCUGCUUUACAAGUUACACAUUGCGGAUCAGUUCUUUGUGCAAUGGCCCCAGCUACAGAGGAAGUAUCCUCGAGCUCACUAUGUCGGUUGCCUCAUGUAG